AUGCAACUUCUGUUUGGUAUUCCUACAAAUAAAUAUUCUUCACUUAUUCCAACUACAUUCCCAGAAAAUGUUUCACAAUUAAUGAAAGUUUUUUUUUGUCUUCAUUAUUCUUAUAAAUACAAUUAUUUUUCAAUAAGUUGUUGGCAAUCACUUCCAUAUAAUCGACCAACAUUUUGUGAAUUAUAUGAACAAAUAAAUAAAAUUAUUGAAAUCAUGAUUUAUAUAAUAUGGAACCAAAUGAAGAAAGUUAUUUUACAUUGGGACAAGGAAAUUCGUGAUUGUGAACGUGUAAUGCUUGAAUUAACUAUUGCACAAAAUAAUCAACGUUUAGAAUUAGAAAAAUGA